CAAUUUGUGACUAUAAAUAUAUUCAAUUCUUCUCUCUAUAUUCACAAUACAACAUUUCUCCUCAAAAGAAGUAAUAAUGGCGUCUAGUUGCCAAAGCUUGAUUUUUCUCCUCUUUUCAAUUGUUCUAUUCUUGUCACAAACACAUGUUCUAGUCACAGCUGCCAAAGACUCUAACACAAACUUCGUCAAAACCAAAUGCCAAAUCACUACAUACCCGUCACUCUGCGUAAAAACACUAAUUCCCUAUGCAUCUUCUGUUAAAACAAACUCCACAAAACUUUGCAAAGAAGCCCUUAACGUAGCCACAAAAGGCGCACGAGAUGCCACUGCCAUUGUCUUGAAUCUGAAAAAACAAAAGGGAAUUACGCGAUAUGAAGCCGCGGCUAUUAAGGACUGCAUAGAAGAUGUGAAGGAUGCAGUGUACGAACUGAAGCUAGCUGUUGAAGCAAUAGGACAUUUAGGCGAUAAAGAUAAAGCAUUUCAGUUGGCUAAUGCUAAAACAUAUGCAAGUGCUGCUAUAACAGAUGCAGACUCGUGCACAGGUGGGUUAACUGAUCAGGGUAAGGUAAAUCCAAAAGUGAUGGAUGCUAUAAGUAGAAGUAUGGCUGUUGUUAUUAAACUUAGCAGUAAUGCCUUGUCACUCAUUAACCAUAUUUAUGAAUGAUGAAUAGUGACACUUUGUAUUGAAAAAGUUACUGAUUAUCCAUUUUAUUGCUAUAAUUAAUUAACAUUGAUUCUUCAUUGCA